UGGCGAUCUACCUUCAUUCUCACCUGGCCAGUCAGGAACAGCAAAGCUUAAAGAUGAUCAAAGCGGGGUUGUCCGUCCUCUUGGUCCUGGUGGUCAUGUCCUCUGCCUUCGGGAAAUACAUCCCUAAAUCUGGCAAAAGGAUCCCUCAGACUCUCUCCAGAGGUUGGGGCGAUCAGCUGAUUUGGGCUCAGACGUACGAGGAGGCUCUGUACUGGGCCAGGUCAAGAAACAAGCCUCUGAUGGUUCUGUUCCACCUUGAGAACUGUCCACACAGCCACGAACUCAGGAAGGUUUUAUCUGAGGACAACGGGAUCCAGAAAAUGCUCGACGAGGACUUCAUCGUCCUCAAUCUAAUGUAUGAAACCACAGACAAACAUCUGUCUCCUGAUGGACAGUAUGUCCCCAGAAUCAUUUUUGUUGACCCUGCAAUGACGGUGAGGGCCGACAUCGUGGGGCGUUACUCCAACCGCAUGUAUGCCUACGAACCAGCUGACAUCAAACUCUUGAAAAGUAACAUGGAAAAGGCCAAGAAGCUCCUGAAGUCGGAGCUGUGAGCACGAGGACGAGAUUCAUUCACACUGUAACAGUCACAUGCUCUCACUAUUGUCUAGAAGUGGAAAACGAAGCACUGGGAAGGUCCCCUUCUGAUUCUGACUUUUGAUAUUAUUACUGUACAUUCAGAGUGCCUUUCGAAUAAAUAUGGAACUGUUCAUACAUACAA